UCCCAAUAGCAGUAAUAACAGCCUAACCUUUAAUACCUAAAAUCAAUCGCACAAAAGGCCAAUCGGCUGUGCUCGGAGGCGACACGGAGCGUAACAUCGACUAUAUCGCUGCUGUUUUCACAGGUUCAACACACAUUUUGGAGUGAUUUAAUUAUUUACUUACGGGAGACACACUUGUACAUCUUAGAGUAAUAUAUAUUUUAUAUACUUGUAGGUAAGCCUUGGCUACAACAUGUGCACAACAGUCCAGACAUAAAUGACAAUUUAAGAUACCAGAGAGAUAUACAGUGAGCCUUUCCCGCCACGUGCGCGAGAGGAGGUAGUGUUGAGCUGUACGUAUUAUGGUGCGCAAAGCACUGGGAAAGUCAGCAGGACGACGGGGGAGACACAACACCGCGCCUCGCUUAUGUUUCGUCACCAUCAUCACCACUACAUAGGUCUGACGUUAGCCAGAUCAAACGUGCCCAACGACAGUCUAAUCCAUGCCAUACAUACAAAAAUGGCGGAUACCGAAAAGGAAGAGGAUGACAGUGAACCUGUUAUCUUAAAUGUUGGGGGAACUAUUUUUGAAACAACUUAUGAAACUUUACGUCACGAACCGGAUACUUUAUUAGCUUCAUUAAGACCUUCCUCCCCGGAAUAUAGACCGACGAGGGGACACUUUUUCUUUGACAGGAACCCCGACAUAUUCAACUGUGUUUUGGAUUUGUAUCGGACAGGGGAGUUGCAUCUACCCCACGGCUUUUGUGGCGCUACUCUGAGAACGGAGCUAAAGUUCUGGCGGAUACCCGAGGAUAGAAUCGGAAUCUGUUGUCUACAGACGUAUUUUAAAUAUGACACGGACCGUGAGGUACUUGAUACCCUUCACGAGGCUUUCGAGGCCAAAGUACUGGACUACAACCCAAAGGAGGCCGAUAGCAGCAGGUGGGUUAAACUCAAAAGGACCUGCUGGCUUUUCCUCGACCAACCAAAUUCGUCACCAGUCGCAAAGGUGUUCAGCUAUUUUUACCUGGGGAUCGUCAUAUUGUCCGGAAUACUCUUCUGCUGCGGCACACAUCCGGAUUUCUUGCGAACGACCUUCGUACCAACCAACGAAACGGAUUACGGCUUCCUAAACCCCGAGAAUCCUAAGGAACUCCUCCUCCUCACAACUCGUCCGGUAUUCGCACUAGAGGUCGGCGGAUGGUUUGUUCUCAUUUUCUUUUCAAUCGAAUUUUUGAUCCAUUUUUUUCUUUGUCCUGUAAAAAGCGAGUUUUUCAAAAGCGGAUUAAAUGUUUUGGACGGUAUUUUAUUCAUUUGUAUGUGGAUGGUGUUCACCUUCGAAUUUCACAGUGAUGUAGUUUACUCGAAUCGCCAUCUUGGGAUGUUUUACCUCGUUCUCAAGUCGAUGAUGAUCCUACGACUGUUCCGGUUGCUGCGCCUGGUGAAGCAGUAUAGUGCUCUGCGCAUCCUCACGGUUUCUCUCGUGGCCAGCCUCAAGGAACUCGGACUCCUUCUUAUCACCUUUCUCAUGGCUUCAGUAUUCUUCGCAAGUUUCAUUUAUUUCGCCGAGUUUGAAGAACCUUCUACCUUCCCUCACAUUUUCAUAGGAAUCUGGUGGUCUGUAGUUACCAUGACAACGGUAGGAUAUGGAGACAUUUUCCCAAAAUCCACACCUGGCCAUCUAGUAGGUUCCGCAUGCGCAAUAUGUGGUGUGUUAAUUCUAUCGAUGCCUAUUGCAAUCGUUGCAACGAAGUUUAGCAAUUUCAACGACAGAAACGCAGAACGAGAAAGGAGCAAAAGCUUGAAAGCUGCGGACCCCUACACGCCACGUGAAUCUCCGAACACCAGCAAACUCUUCCUAACUAAAGUGUCAUCUGUCCUCGAGGUGAAGCAGUCCCCGACGUAGGGGGCGCUACUCUCUACAUAUAACAGUGAUUAAUGGCCUCAAAGAAUGCUUCCGAAAAGUGAAUUCAUUUGCAAUCAGAUAUAUGAAUAACGAAAAAUUUGCUCACAUAUAAAAUGGCCGUACAAAUUUGUUUUGUCAAAUUUGAAAAGAAAAUUAAUAGUAUGUUUGAUCAUAAUAUGAUUUAAGUCAGACAGGCCGGAUGUACCCGGAUGUGAUAGUUGAUACGGCGAUUUUUUAAUGCUUACAAAUAUUUCUAUAUCAUUACCAAGUGUUGUCAAACUGUUCAUAGUGUUAAAUAUGUAUGAUCCAACAAAUCAAAAGUAUUUAAGGUAAAGGGUAUCACAUUAGUUAUAAUCACGAUGUACAGAAGAUCGAGUUUUAUUCUCCCUUGAGUUUACAGAAGAUGAAAUAACAAAGAGGGGCGGGGGGUCUUAUGACUGGAUGGUAGCUAUUGGCUACUAGGUGACAAAGGUACCAAGUUUGAGCCCAGAAGAUGUCUACCCUUGCACACACAAUAGAUAAUGCAUGUAAGGAAAGACAACUCUGUGUGAACCAUGUACUCCCUAGUUUUCCUCCAUCUUUUUAUGGACAUCCCUAUUUUGAAAUCCUUUCGAUCAGCUAUUGUUCUGUAAGAUAUGUUUUUGAUGUCUGAUCUAUAUGGAAUAUAAAGGGUUUAAGUAUAUACGUCAUGACGUGGUCCAAUGUAAUUGAUUUACUGAUACCCUUUACCUUAAAAUAGAUGUGUUUACGAAGUAAACAUUCUGUACGCAUUAGUUAAAACAACGAAAAACAAUUAAUUGAAAAAUACGACUGAAUGAAAUUAUUAAGAAGGGUGAAUGUAUCAUCUAUUCAUGAAAUUAUUGUCUAAUCCGGAAGAAAGUUCUGUCUAGUCCGGGAAGAAUUCUGUAUUCCGGAAAGUACCUCUAGUCCGAAAGUCCGGUCUUUUUUCAGUAAGUACUAAAUUCAUAAACAAAGACAGAAAAUGGAUCAUCUGGGGGCGAUUUUUUUUCAGAUUUUGCAUGUGGAUUUUUUUCUUUUUUUUUUCUAUCAAACACAUUUUUUCAUUAGAUUUGGCGAGUGUGAGAAAACAAUAUUUAAAACAAUAUUUAAUUGUCUUGUUGGUCCCGAGUAUUCGAUGGUUUCUCAUCUCUAACUACGGGUACACUGAGGCGGUCAAUGAUUAACAACUCAGCAUUCAGUUCUAUGUACUGUGUCAAUCUUUGUAAAAUUGAAACUGGUCGAUAUCAAACACAGGGAAAAAAAGAAAAUGUAUGACGUGUAAAAUAAUGUAUUAGUCAGUCACGUGCGGUACAGACACUAUGUUGACAUACAAAAAUGACGAGGCUUGUAGAAUGGUUAGAGUAUCUACAGACAUGUCAAUAAUCGCUCGAGUGUUCUUUCCCUAAGAAGCCUGACCAAUGAGCUUGGUUCUUUGGCAGAACUGGGCCAAAUGUCUGUGUAGGUAAUAGGAAGUUACCAGGCAUUACAAUAACUUGACCAGUCAUCUUGUUUUUUGUGUGUUAGAACUUGACCGAUGAUCGCGGUAGCGUCCAAACAUUUCAUGAUCUUAUUAUGCAUUGUGAAUCGUCACACGUCCUUCUCUUCUGACAUUAAAUAAUACACACGGACACACUUACUUAAAACCUUUAUUACAGUCACGAGUGGAAAGCUCACGAAUGACGUAAUAUCCUAACAGACCUCUUAUCCAACUGAAAAAUUAAAGAAAAAUUGAAUGGGUGCUGUGUGUUGGUGUUAGGAUAGAUCAUUCGACUUGGCGCUAUGCGUCGGUUAUGGUAUAUCAGCUUGGCGCUAUGCGUCGGUUAUUGCAUAUCGGCUUGGCGCUGUGCGUCGGUUAUGGUAUAUCGGCUUGGCGCUGUGCGUCCAUUAUGGUGUAUUGACUUGGGGCUGUGCGUCGAUUACGGUAUAUCGGCUUGGCGCUGUGCGUCGGUAAGGGUAUGUCGGCUUGCCAUAUCGCUGUGCCAAGAUAAGAUACAAGUAAGUCAGGUUAGCGCGGUGUGUUGAUAAGGAAAAGUCGGUUUUGCGUUGUGCGUCAGUUAGAGUAUGUCGGCUCGGUCGGGACAACGGUUUGGCGCGGUGCGUCCGUAAGUGUAUGUCGGGUUUUCGCGGUGCGUCGGUAAGUGUAUGUCGGGUUUUCGCGGUGCGUCGAUUAGGAUAUAUCAGCUGAGAGCGAAGCUUGGGGAAGCAAAAGUUAUCGUGGUGCGUCGUUAACGAUACGCCGGUACAUCACGAUGUGUUAUUUAGGAUAAGUCGUCAUGGCGCGGUGCGUCAAUAAGGAUAUGUCGGCUUGACGCAGUGCGUCGCUUUGUAGCGCGAUGCGCGUGAGUGUAUCUACAAACUCAUUGUGUGUAACGUUCGACCCCAUGUGGUGAUAGCAUUAAUGAGUAAGUCGUGUUUGUAUAUACCGGAUAGGGUCUAGCAAAACAAAGAUAAACAACGUGCCAGAAUUACUGUGAAAACAUAACUAGGAUGUCAGACAAUUCUAAGCAGUGCGUUUUUAUAUGUCAGAAUGUAGCGAUUGGCUGUUCGGCGUCUUUCACGUAGAGCCAAGUCAUCGUUAUUGGAGAAAUAUAUAGCCCAAUAGUUUUUGCUAGAAAUAAUAGGCUUUGGGAAAUGUCAACUGAACUGUGUAGUUCAAGCACUUCCCAAAACCUUGGUCUGGUCUAUAUUACCACGGACGGCCAAGUCUUGAUCAGGUCUCACGAGAGCGUGACGUCACCGCGGUCGCGACAGCAGAACAUGGGGGCGCCUUGAAGUUAAUCUUUCUCUGUAUCAGUUAAGCUUUGUAGAGACUCUGAUAAUUUUGUAGCGGUUACUUUUGGUAUACGUGAUCCGCUUCCUCAGUAAACUCUUUGGUCAAUUUGUGAUUUUUCCCCUUCUGGAGAUAGAAGGACGAGCGGCAGACAGUUACAAGAGGGAAUCAAUAUAUUGACUAUCAUAGCAGCGAUAAUACGCGCCCUACCGACCCAGUCAGCGUUCAGUAUCGGUAUUAAAUGAAGCUUUGUUUCAUUUUCAUCCAAAAUAUAUACCAAUAGCAAAUGAAUAUAUGAAGGGGUAAGAAACGACCUAAAAUUGAACAAAAACGUGCAUACACAAUUAUAUUGCACAGUGGUAUUCCGUGAGUCGGUAGUGAUGACGUAACAUUGCACACACAUCGACAUUCCAUCAGACACACUUACCCAAAACGUCCCGCCAGGGGGAGCGAUGCGUUCUAUCUAAUUUCUUUUUAACGAUUACCUGGUGAAUUAUCGCGUGUUUGACGUAAUAUCGAGACGGCUGACCACUGUCCAUGCCAAAACGAAUGUCCACUGGGUAUUUUCUUUCUAUUGGUUUUCACAAAAACACGUCUGUCCGAGACUUACUCAACACGAACUCCUCAUAGAGCACAACCAAGACUUGGUAUCGCAGGCAAAGUCUGCUCUCCCGCGUUUACAAUAUAUAACAUGGGGAGGGGAUUCUAGUGAAAUAUUGGUAAAAAACUACUGAUAUAUUGUCUUUAGUCUUGUCAUUUCAGAUUUGGGACAUUCGUUUACUGUUUAUAGGCCCAGCUGUGUAUCGCUCCGUAAGGUUUCAGAAUCUGUACUACUUACAAUAUCGUCAUGUGUCCGGGAAAAAAACCUGUGACGCUCACUCGCUAUAUAUCCCGGCUUAAUUGAUCGUAACCUUGCCUAUUCGGCUACUUGACCUUGACAUACUUAGUAUCCGGUUACAAUACGUUGUCCGUAACCUUGAACUUAACUGCUGUAUUGGCCGUGAUUUUACCACACACUCAGAUAGACUACGACUUCGACCUACAUAUUCUAGUAGUCGGCUAAACUGUCCAUGGCCUUGACCUUUCCAGCUACAGUCACCGUGACCUUGAAUAAAGUGAUCGUAAACUUAUCACGUGGCGUUUUAUUUACAGUCCGACGCCGUUACUGUGUGAAGGACGUGUGACAUUCCUUGUUGACAACGUAUUGUCAACUUUACAAACGUGCUCAAUAAUACGCGGACAACUCUAACAGUAUUACGUUAUAGGACAUUAUAUAUAUAUAUGCAAGUUUUGCAAGCGUGAAAGCGAUAGUUUUUUACUCAGGAAUUGUGGGAUGUCUUGUUCAUAUGAAUGUUUUAAACGAUGGAAAGGAAGUUUCCACUAUUGAAAUCAAAACUGAAACGAUAUGUAAAUGUUACCUAUUGAUCUUAAUACUCAAAUAACUAAAACAGAUAUUUAAGUUUAUGUUUUACUCUAACGAGACUAUAUUUUCCCCGUGGAUAAUGAUCACUGGAACCGAUCUGAAGUGACAUCAGUUUUGAUUUCAUUGGUUGAGACUCGUCAUGUCAUGUCGUCACUUCCUGUUUUUUGUAUAUAAUUUCAUACCUAUAUAAUAAUUAUGCACCACCAAAUGCACUUGUACAUAUAUAUUAUAUGAUUAAUAUUUACUAUAAACAUGAAUGCAAAAUUUAAACGUCUAAAACGUUUAAAGCUCAAAAUUAUGCAAAUGAAUGUCUGAUGUCACGAUUUUGUCCAUUGAUUGUCAUAUACAUAUAUGCCAAUUAGCCACGUUCCGAUUAUCAUCAAAUUCCCACAUUCCACAACUUAUAUAGAGUGGUUACCCAUUGUUUUGUAUACCAUGAUCCUUACCUACAAUUAUAUACUUACCUUACCUGUGAUAAACAGAAAACAAAAUACGGGGAGUGGGAGGGAGGG